AGAUCCCCCAGAACCCUCAGCCUCCUCAGCUCCUUCGCCCCCCUCAGAGCCCUCAGCGCUCUCGGCUCCUGAGAGCCUUCAGUUCCCUCCGAUUCCUCAGAGCCCUCAGCGCCGCAAUCCCUCAUCCCCUUCAUCGCGGGAUGGCGGCGGCCGGCGGCGUUCGCGGCUCCGAACCCGGGCCGGGCUCAGCGCCGGGCAGCGCUGGCGACACCUCCCUCCUCGGCAGCGCCACAACGUGGCCUUUGAAGCGCUACGGUCGCUUCCUUCCCCCGAAGGGCGGUGACGAUGAGAGGCAAAACACCUCUUGGAAGGUGUUUGAAUCAAAUGAAGAAUCAGGCCCUCUUGUCCUUACCAUUGUGGUGUCUGGCCAUUUCUUCAUUUCCCAAGGGCGAACAGUGCUGGAAGGCUUUUCCCUGAUUGAUUCCCACAAGUGGCUGAAGAUAGUGAGGAGAGCAGAGUGCCUGCUGCUCCGGGCACACGCCAAGAACGAGUGCCGCAUGUUCCGUGUGCAGUUUGGAGGGAACUGCAGGGAGGAGAUGCAGGAGCACUGCUKCAGCUGUGUCCAGAAACUCAGCGAGUACGUCCCAGUGCAGGGGGCUGAGGAGCAGAGCCAGCAGCUGUGCCAUGGCCUCAGCCAGGACACGCAGGGCAUGGACACAGAACAUGGGCCAGAGGAGCCUCUCGCAGAUUCCUGCACAAGUUUUGGAGAGAGGAGAUCUGUGGCACAGCUAGCACAGUCGGUGCUGCGGCAGCGGCCAGAGCUGCCCCCGAUGCUGCGGCCCCUGGCGUGGAGCACCCACGAGCUGGGGCCCCUGAUCCGCCUCUGCCUCCUGGACCAGCACUUCCCGGCCUUCGUGGAGGACGUGGAGAGGGAACUGCGCAAACUCGCCCAAGAAUGAGGCGCGCCCAGCUCUGGUGA